GCCACCAGCUGGCCCGGAUAAAUACAGAUGCGGCCGGAGCCCGGGCAGAGAGAAGCGAUCGAGGGGCCUGGUCACCGUCGUCCAAGGGGUGGUGGAGGGAAAGCGGCGUCCUAAAUAACACGAUACCGUCCAGCUCAGGCGGCAUCUCCGGGUUUCCCUUCUUGGCUAACCGAGGCGUCGUUAGAGCUUCUGCUUUGGAGGCAGCCCAAGGCGCGCUCUUCUCUUGCGCCUUUUAUAUUUUUAUUUUAUUUUAUUUUAUUUUAAAAAACCGGCGGGCGUCUCUCUCUUUCGGUUGCCCGCAAUGCCUUUUCUGGGGCAGGACUGGCGGUCGCCGGGCCAGAACUGGGUGAAGACGGCGGACGGCUGGACCAGGUUCCUGGACGGGAAGGAGCACGGCGGCUGCGACAACGAGAGGAACAGUUACUGCUGGAAAGAGGAAUUCAACAAGGAGAACAUCUUCCACAACCUGAACUGCGAUGUGGCUGCAAAAAAACGAAAGAAGGACCAGCUGAACAAUAAGACCAGGAUUCAGUAUUUUCACCAAGAAAAAUGGAUUUAUGUACACAAGGGAAGCACCAAAGAACGCCAUGGGUAUUGCACCCUGGGAGAAGCUUUCAAUAGACUGGAUUUCUCUAAUGCGAUUCUGGAUUCCAGAAGGUUCAACUAUGUCGUACGGUUGUUGGAGCUGAUUGCAAAGUCUCAGCUGACAUCACUGAGUGGAAUCGCCCAGAAAAACUUUAUGAAUAUCUUGGAGAAAGUUGUGCAAAAAGUUCUAGAGGAUCAACAGAAUAUCAGACUGAUAAAAGAAUUGCUGCAGACUCUAUACAUGUCACUUUGCACCUUGGUCCAGAGUGUUGGCAAGUCCGUUCUAGUUGGCAACAUAAACAUGUGGGUCCACCGAAUGGAGAUGAUUCUUUAUUGGCAGCAGCAGCUGAACAAUAUCCAGAUCACCAAGCCUGAUUUCAAAGGGUUGACUUUCACAGACCUGCCCUUCUGUUUACAACUGGACAUCAUGCAGCGGCUGUCGGAUGGGCGAGACAUCGUGAGUCUUGGGCAAGUGACGCCAAGUCUUCAGGUGCUCAGUGAAGACCGACUCCUCUGGAAAAAACUUUGCCACUACCACUUCACAGACCGGCAGAUACGCAAGCGGCUAAUACUAUCAGAUAAAGGGCAGUUGGAUUGGAAGAAGAUGUACUUCAAGCUUGUCAGAUGUUAUCCACGGAAAGAACAAUAUGGAGAUACUUUGCAGCUUUGCAGACAUUGUCAUAUCCUUUCAUGGAAGGGCACCGAUCACCCCUGUACGGCUAACAACCCCGAAAGCUGCUUGACUGCUCUUUCGCCGCAAGACUUUAUCAACUUGUUCAGAUUCUGAAUUCCCAAAUAAUUUCACUCCCUGUCGUACUGUUCUGAUGGGACUCUCUACGCAGCUGAGCAAGAUGGCUCAGUUUGUAUCAUAGCUUGUAAAUAACACGGCUUGAUUGUUCCUGAGUCAAAGAAGACAAGAGACUUUUUAGGAGGCAGAAGGAGCCAUAAUCUCGUGGCCUUGGACUCUUGAGAGAACAUAGCCUCCUAGUUGGACAUAUGUAAAAAGGCAAGAUUUUUGUAAAUAUUAAGCUUGGUGAGAAUUGGUGUGCAAGCUGUCGGGGACAAUCCAUUUAGGAAAUGCAAUGAAGAGUCAUCCUUGCAAAUAUUUGGAAAUGUCUUCUGGAUUUUCAAAGCCGGAGGAAUGACACACUACCGUCAGGUUAAAACUUGGAACGGUUCCCAACUUUGCUUUUUUAUUUGUUUGCAGAAGAUAUUUAUACCUAAAACUUUUUUUAAAAAAGAGAUUUACAAUGAUAUAUCCCUUUAUUCUUAAAUAAAAAAAAAAGAACUGAAUCCAGAUAAAAUAAUAUCCCAGUUUCUACCUCUUGAAACAGCUUUCCAAAUAAACCAGUGUGUGGUAUGAAGCAUCUGUACGUCAUCUAAAGAGUUGUUGUUGUUGUUGUUGUUGUUGUUUAAAAGAAACUGUUGAUAGUAGCUUUCCUGGUGCUGCUUUUUGUUAACACUUAAGUUUUAAUUUAGCUGGCUGCCUUUUUUUGUGGUAUUUAAAUGUAACUGAGUUCUGGGAAAUUUGGAAAUUUCCCUAGGUCGAUCUUGAAGGCAGACUAUGUGGCUUAGGCAGCUGGAUAAACUACUUGAGUUGAGCUUUUACUAAACACAUUAUGUUUCGAUUUGUCAACUUCAUGUGCAAUGCAGAGAUGUCUUAACAAAAAAACACCAAGAAUCUUUGUGCAAUUUCAAUGUGUAAGGUCACCUCUCAAUGAGGAUUGCAAUAUUUGGGCUACAAAAUACGAGCAGCCAGUAGAUGUCAGCAAAGAGUCACCAUUUCUUAAACUAACUCUUUGCUGACAUCUGCUGGUCGUUGCGCACUUUGCAACCCAGGAAUAACCACCUUAUCCUUAGAGGGCAUUCUAUGAUUUCAUGAACCCAGUUUGGCAGUUUCCGUAUCAUUUGAUGUUAAAAUUGGUAAUGCCACACGGGUUAUACCCAGAGCCUUCUCGGGAUAAACGAUGAGUCAGCUAGGAAGCCUCUUCCUAAUGGUUAACACGGGGUUUGAAUCCUGAGUGUAGAUAGCAUAUCUGAUUUUAAGAAAAAAUAGAGAUACUGUACAUGCAUGCUACAUAUCCAAGUACCGUGUUUCCCCCCAAAUAAGACAGAGUCUUAUUUUCUUUUGACCCCUGAAAUAAGCACUUGGCCUUAUUUUCAGGGAGGUCCUGUUGUUUUUGGGGUGCAGGAGGCAAGUGUGGUGACAUCAUGACAGCUGGUGUCUUGCAAUAUUUUGGGGGAGGGUUUCUUUUAGCACAUGCACUCAAAAGCCCGAUUGGGUUUAUUAUCCGGAGAGGUCUUAUUUUGGGGGAAACAGGAUAAUGACAUUUCUAGUCUCAAAUUCAGAUUUCAUUAUGGCUGAGAAAGAGUGUCUGAAUUACCAAGACAUUACCUUAGUCCUUGAGGCAUUCCCAC